AUGAUAAAUGCAUAUGAUGUUUAUGAUUGUUGAUGAUGUGAUGAACAUAGCUACUUCUGUGUAUUUAGUGGAAACAUCUCUGCAGCAUGUGCUGCUCCUGAAUUAAGUGUAAAGGAUUAUGUUGCUUUUGCCAUGAGUUCUUUUGCAUACGAGACCUUUAGUGAAGUAGCUUGAAAGACAAGGUACAGCGUAGCAUGGGGGGAAGCUUAGGAAAAGGUGGCUUUUUGGACAGUCUGACGUCGCUGUCGUCGCCUCUCCACAUCGUUAUGCUGGGGCUGGACAGCGCUGGCAAGACCACGGCGCUCUACAGGCUCAAGUUUGACCAAUACCUCAACACGGUGCCCACCAUCGGCUUCAACUGCGAGAAGAUCAAGGGCACCGCCGGCAAAUGUAAAGGCACGAGCUUCUUGGUGUGGGACGUGGGUGGACAGGAGAAGCUUCGUCCUCUGUGGCGCUCCUACACUCGUGCCACCGACGGCAUCGUCUUCGUCGUCGACUCUGCUGACGUAGAGCGCUUUGACGAGGCCAAGAUGGAGCUGGCUAGGACUAUGAGGACGCCCGAACACACGUCGGUUCCCGUGCUCGUGCUCGCCAACAAACAGGACCUGCCCGGCGCCAAAGACGUCGCAUACGUCGAGAAGGCCUUGGGACUGACGGACCGAGGCGCCGUGGCUCAGUGUCACGUACAGCCAGCCUGCGCCAUCAUCGGCGAAGGUUUGGAGGAAGGACUUGACAUUCUCUAUGAAAUGAUCUGCAAAAAGAAGAAAAUAUCGAAGUUAGGAGGAAGAAUAAAGAAAAAGUAAUAGGUAAAAGAAAUAUAUUGAAUUAGUGAAUCCUAGAUUCUCGUGAUGAUGAAAUCAGCUGUCAAGAUGGCACUCGUGAGGAGUACAGCUGCCGGACGAAUAGGACUCGCAAGAUUGUGUCAGUGAUGUUGCAAUCAACAAUCGAGAUUUUUUCGAGCCAGAAGAACAAUAACGCAAUACCAGCUCAUCGCAGUUUGAUUCGUUGGUUGUGACGUGUAUCUAUCGAAUCUGACGAUCAGACUAAAUAAUUGGACCUUAGCUUCUUGUAAACGCAUUUGUUAUUUAUCUAUUUCCAAUGGAAGUCGUUCGCGAAGUGUCUGGACCUCACUAUUUAUCUUAAGAAUGUAUGUAACUAGUUGACUUGGUGUGUCGCGCUGCUACUCUCUUCUUUACCUUCGACGGAAGAUUAGGGUAAAAUUUUUGCAUGAACCUACGUCGUGACGCUGCAUAUCAGUUGUAAUCGGUUACUUAAUUAGGAGCAGCGAGGAAGAUCGCACCUUUAAUUAAGAUCAAAUUAUUUCUUGUUCGCGUUCUUUAAUUGGAUUUAGUUUUAUUAAUUCUUUCCCUUUCUAUUCGCAGUCGAUUGUAUGAAAAGGCAGUUCAAGUGCGUUUCACACAUUGUGAGCUAAAUAACGUUAUAUAUUAUAACGACCGUAGCUGUUGUAUUGCAUCAUGAACAAGCGCAAUCAGUGUCGACUCUGUAACCUUUCCUGCAUCUGCGUGACGGCCAUCCCGCCCCAAAUAGGCCGUAUAGGGAGGGUUUAUAUGAACCCUGAUCACAAUGUGCAUGUAGUUUGUGUUGCGUGUAACGAGGACAACGCCUUUAUUAGCUUCCAGUGUUGCCACAGUACAGCGGCAUCGCUGCUAAUUGUGAGCUCAGUUCAUUUGGGCGACCGCGCUCGAGUCAUGAAUUCCCGUCGACUUCGGCCCCAGGCCAGCAUUUGGCCUGAGCUGCUCAUGCAAAUUUGGCACCGUCGGGUGUCAGUCACGAGGCUGCUCAUUCAUAGCCUAAUAUUCCCCGGAGAAUUUUUGACUUCGUAAUUUUGGCAGAUUUAACUUGAUUCUCGCUGGGAGCGGUAUUGCUCGUCGCCCUUGGAGAGGCGUCGCUUGUUAGCAAACGAGGCAAACACGCGUGCGAUGCGUGUUCGUUGAGAUUUUAUCUUCAUGUACUAUAAUUUUUUGUACAUUUUACGUACAAACUUUUACGCUUAGGUCCUCUAUUUGAUUUCCGUUGGAAGAAGAGUGAUAAAAUUGCCUUUUAUAUAUCACCUUCGGUCCUUGAUGCAAAUGUGCUGAAGUUAUCUGGUGUUCAAUAAAAUUUGGAUGCCCUAAGAACGCCAUCCUGAGGGAUAUAUUUUAAAACUAAAAAAUAAUGCAUCAGCAUUAAACUAAUUUAUUAAUUGUUCAUAUUCUGUAGAAUGACUUCAGUAAAUUUGUAGGUCAGUACAGUGAUCGAUUGCAUUCGUUCCCUGCAAGCAUUUUAAAUCGUAGCGCCGGCCAGAAAAAUCCCGGCAAGCUCGAAUUAUCUCGCAAACGCUAAUGCAUGACAUUCGUUUGCGCGGCUUAGAAUAUCAUAUUACGUAUCUAACGGAGAAUUUAAUUGUAUUCCUGCAUUUAACACCUGCACUGCCUGCUGUCUCGCUCUGCAGGCUAGUUAAAGAAGAACACUCAACAGGAGCGAGUCUUUGAUAUUUUCUGGGGCAACAUUUCCUUUGUUUCAUGGAGCUGCCGUGACUCGGCCAAUUGUUUCGGCGAGGCUGUAAUCUCGGCCAGCGCUUCCUACGGCAAACUCCACUGCGUCAUCGUUACUAUUCUUCAAUUUAUUCGCAAAUGGCAAAAGACUGUGGAAAGUUGAGAAUUCAUCGCCCAACUUUCCGUUUGCUCUCUUGUGGAGCUUGAAGGCGUUUUAUCUCAGUGAUGUUUUUCAGUGCCCGAAAGCAGCAUUGAGGCCGUCAAAAUCAACUAAGGAUUAAGCUGCCCGAGGGCAAAUGUUUUCUUCGAUGGCACCCGUUCCAAAAGGGGAGGUAACCGCUCCGUCAUUGUGUAGAGCAUUUCUGAAAUAAUUUUAAUAAUUUCUCCGUAUAAGAAUUAUUCUUUAUUUUCUUGAAGUAUUGUAGUUCUGCUGAUAAUAUUGGACCAUAUUUUUCACACUUGUCUGUACAAUUAUUCUCAUUUUUGGACUCAUUUCAAGUACAAAACAGUUGAAAAAUCCGAUUCAUUGAUAGUAAGAUGUUAAUUUUAUUUUAGCGUAGAAUGUAUACAUUAGUAAAAGCCUCGUGUUGUGUUUGUGUACUUUUAGGUUUUGUUACGGCAGUUGUGACGCCAGCGACCUGGACAAUACUCAGUGUGUAGGCAUUAGGGCUCAAAUGUCUGCAUGUAGAUAUUCAAUCGUCAUAUCAUUGUAAGUUUAGUGCUGUAGUUUCGGUUAUUGCUUUAUAUUUAUAUGUAAAUAGUUUAUUGUUGAUAUACUCAAUAAACCCGUUAGACCUUU